CCAGGAACAUGACCUCAGCCUAUGUUUUUCUACAUUGCUCAUUACUCUUCACUCCUCAUCCAUUCAAAAACACCAUGCCAGAAUCAACCGCUCUCUACCCAAAGCUUGAAUGCUACGACCAUGGAUUCCUCAAGGUCUCUGACGUCCACAGCCUCUACUACGAGCAAUCCGGCAACCCCCAGGGCAAGCCUGUCAUCUACCUUCACGGUGGUCCCGGUGGCGGUGUCUCUGCCCACGACCGCCGCUACUUUGACCCUGAGGUCUACAGAAUCAUUCUCCUGGACCAGCGGGGAGCCGGCAAGUCGACCCCCACGGCCUCGCUCGAGGACAACACCACCUGGUCCCUGGUUGCCGAUAUCGAAGAGCUGAGAGAGCACUUGAAGAUCGAAAAGUGGGUCGUCUUUGGAGGCUCUUGGGGCAGCACCCUCAGCUUGGUGUACGCUCAGGAGCAUCCCGAUCGCGUCAAGGCCCUGAUCCUCCGUGGUAUCUUCAUGUUGCGCCAAUCUGAGCUGCGAUGGUUUUACGAACACGGUGGUGCCUCCAACAUCUUUCCCGAUGCAUGGGAUGAGUACGUCAAGCCCAUCCCAGAGUCAGAACGCGACAACAUGAUCGCCGCUUACCACAAGCGCCUCACCGGCUCUGAUGAAGAAGAACGCAUCCAGUGCGCCAAGGCCUGGUCCACUUGGGAGUGCACCACCUCCAAGCUUUAUGUCGACCCUGUCGAGGUCGCCAAGGCCGCCGAGGACAUCUGGGCCCUGGCCUUUGCUCGCAUCGAGUGUCAUUACUUCUUCAACAAGGGCUUCUUCAAGACCGACGCUCACAUCUUGGAGAACGUCCACAAGAUCCGUCAUAUCCCCGCCACCAUUGUCCAAGGCCGUUACGACGUCGUCUGCCCGGCCACCUCUGCAUGGGACCUGCAUAAGGUCUGGCCAGAAGCCCAGUUCGAGUUCAUGGCCGAUGCCGGACACAGUGCUAAGGAGCUCGCUACUACUGCAAGACUCGUCAAGGCUGCGGAUGAGUACAGGACCCUAUAGAUAAAUAGAUAUCACACAUACUACAGGGAUGCCCCGAAAAAAAUACAGUUUAUUCAUAACCAUCCCAUGCAAACCUGAA